CUUCCCCUUUUGUUCGCCUGCAAAGCGGCGCGAAGGCAGCAGCAGCAGCGGAGGCAAGCGGCGCUCAGCCCCGGGCGCGCGGAGGAGGAGAGCUCUGCUUCUGCUUCUGCUGCUGCACGCAUCUUGCGCAGGGGACCCGCGAGAGCCCGCUGGGCCGCCCCCUCUGACUGCUUCCCCCGCGGAGCCGAGACUCAUGCAGGGAGGCGGCGCGGACGCUCCUUCGCAGCAGCAGCAGCAGCAGCAGCAAGCGCCCCGUCCUCGCCGGCGUCGCCUUUUGUCCACGCGCCCCGUUUCUCCUCCUUGUGACUUGGAUGCAGCGAGCCUGCAUCCGAAGGGAGUGGCUGGCUGCUUCGGCUGCUGCUGCUGCCGCCGCCACCAGGAUUAUUACAGCUGUUUCUGUUUGAGGGAGCAGGCGGCCUAAAAUCAGCCCCGCGGAGGCCGGAUCUGGCUAAAAAAAAGAGGGGGAAAGGCAAGCUUGCAUGGUCGGAAGAAAGGAGGUCUCCAAAGAUAGAUGAAGGGGCCCGUUGCCUAGAUGCCUGACGUCGUGACACCAAGUCCUCAGCCGGCAGUUGGACCGAAUCCCUUGGCUUGAGCCACAGACCUGGGCAAGCAUGCUGAAACCAAGUGGACUUAAAAUUCCCGGGAGGGCUGGUAAGCACUCCAGCCCCGUGGGACGCCCUGGCGGGACAGCAGCCACCACCACCGCCUCCACCACUGCUUCCACCACCACAAAAGAAGGGUCGCCUCUGCAUAAGCAGGCCUCCACUUCUUCUUCUUCUUCCACGGCUGCUCCCGAGAAGCCCGGAGGGUCCAAAGUCACCGAGGUGGGCGAUGACUUCCUGGGGGACUUCGUGGUGGGAGAACGUGUCUGGGUGAACGGAGUGAAGCCGGGCGUGGUACAAUACCUGGGGGAGACUCAGUUUGCGCCCGGACAAUGGGCGGGCGUCGUGCUGGAUGACCCGGUGGGGAAGAACGAUGGCUCGGUGGGUGGGGUCCGCUACUUUGAGUGCCAGCCCCUGCAGGGGAUCUUCACGAGGCCUUCCAAGCUGACCCGCCAGCCCACCGCGGAAGGUUCCGGAAGCGACGCACAUUCCGUGGAGUCGCUGACGGCUCAAAACUUGUCCCUGCACUCGGGGACGUCCACCCCGCCUCUCUCCACGCGCAUCAUCCCUCUGCGGGAAAGUGUCCUCAACAGCACAAUGAAAACGGGGAAUGAGUCUGGGUCGAACCUCUCGGACAGCGGGUCGGUGAAGAAAGGGGACAAAGACUUCCGGCUUGGAGACCGCGUCCUGGUUGGCGGAACAAAAACUGGUGUCGUGCGAUAUGUGGGGGAGACGGAUUUUGCCAAAGGGGAGUGGUGUGGGGUGGAACUGGAUGAACCUUUGGGGAAGAACGAUGGAGCUGUUGCCGGAACAAGGUAUUUCCAGUGCCCACCCAAGUUCGGCCUCUUUGCUCCCAUUCACAAGGUCAUCCGCAUCGGCUUCCCAUCCACCAGCCCGGCCAAAGCCAAGAAGAGCAAGCGAAUGGCCAUGGGAGUCUCGGCCUUGACCCACAGCCCCAGCAGCUCCUCCAUCAGCUCAGUCAGUUCGGUGGCCUCCUCUGUCGGGGGAAGACCCAGCCGGAGCGGGCUGCUGACGGAAACCUCUUCUCGCUACGCCCGGAAGAUCUCCGGCACGACAGCCCUCCAGGAGGCCCUGAAGGAGAAGCAGCAGCACAUCGAGCAGCUGCUGGCGGAGCGAGACCUGGAGCGAGCUGAGGUUGCCAAGGCAACCAGCCGCAUCUGCGAGGUGGAGAAGGAGAUCAGCAUCUUGAAAGCACAACAUGAGCAGUACAUCUCCGAAGCAGAAGGGAAUUUGCAGAGAGCGCGAACCAUGCUGGACAGGUCGCAGAAGGAGAAAGUGGAGUUGCUCAACCAGCUGGAAGAGGAGAAAAGGAAGGUGGAAGAUUUGCAGUUCCGUGUUGAGGAAGAAUCCAUUACGAAGGGAGACUUGGAGACCCAGACCCAGCUGGAGCAUGCCCGAAUACGGGAGCUCGAGCAGAACCUCCUGUUUGAGAAGACACAGGCUGAAAAGCUUCUCAAAGGACUGGAGGACUCCAGGCUGACUACGGUGGCCGAGAAAUCGCGGAUCCUCCAGUUGGAGGAGGAGCUGGCCUUAACACGAGGCGAGGUGGAGGAACUCAGGCAGUGCUGGAAGAACACCCAUUCUCCGGAUUCUCCGGACCACAGCCUCGGCUUGCAGACAGAGGCCCUGCGCCUCCGCGACCAGCUGCUUUCCACUAACAAGGAGCACCAGAAAGAGAGCAGCCAGCUGAAGGAGAAGUACGAAAGGACGCUGAAGAAGCACCAGGAAGAGAUCGAGAGGCUGAAGGCCCUGAACGAAAAGUACUCUCAGGAAAUCGUGGACCUCAAGCAGAAGGUCCAGCAGGCCACCAACGAGAACAUGGGCCUCAUGGACAACUGGAAGUCCAAGCUCGACACGCUGGCGUCCGACCACCAGAAGUCGCUGGAGGGCCUCAAGGCCACCUUGAACACGGGCCCUGACAGUCAGCACAAGGAGAUAGUGGAGCUGAAGGCUGUGGUGGAGAGCAUCAAGUUGGAGCACCAGCUGGAGCUGGAGAACCUGAAGGCCAAGCACGACAUCGAGACGGCCGUCCACGUCAAGGAGAAGGAAGGCCUGAAGCUGAAGGUGCAGGAAGCCAAGGAGGAGGUGGAGGAGAGCGACAAGAACUGGAAGCAGCAGCUGGAGGCCAAGACCAACCAGCACCUACUGGAGCUUCAGGACCUGAAGGAUAAGUGCCGAGACGCGGAUCUCCGAGCGCACGAGCUGGAGAAGCUUCACGGCGACUAUGAGGAUCAGGCGCAGGCCAUCGCUUUCCUGAGAGAGCAGAUCGCUCUGGCCGAGAAGAAGAUGCUGGACUACGAGACGCUGCAGAAGACGGAAGCCCAGAACAAGCAGGAGAUCCAGCGGCUGCAGGAGAAAGUCCUUGUGCUGGAGAACAAGCUGCAGGCCACAGAAGCGCUUCAUCCUUCUCAGCACACCAACAUGAUUGAAACCAAUGACAUUUCAGAAGAGAAGAUCAAAAUGAAGCAGACCAUGGAAGAUCUCCAGGACAAGCUGAGUAAGAAAGAUAAAGAAGUGUCAUCACUUGUCUCCCAAGCAGACACACUAAGGACUCAAGUAAGUGCCUUGGAAAAUAGAUGCAGGAGUACCGAGAGGAAGGCAGAUUCUUUGUUGAAAGAGAAGAAGAGGCUGGAAGCCGAGCUGGAGACGGUGUCUAGGAAAACACAUGAUGCUUCUGGCCAGCUGGUCCUCAUCAGCCAGGAGCUGCUGAAGAAAGAAAGGAGCCUGAACGAGCUGCGAGCUUUGCUCAUGGAAGCCAGUCGGCACUCCCCUGGGCCCGAGCGGGACUUGAGUCGCGAGGUGCACAAAGCCGAGUGGAGGAUGAAGGAGCAGAAGCUCAAGGACGACAUCAAGGGACUCCGGGAAAAGCUGAUCAUCCUGGAUAAAGAGAAAGCAGUAACAGACCAGCGACGAUACUCCCUCAUAGACCCUUCAUCCGAGUCCGAAGUCCUCCGGUUGCAGCACCGGCUGGUCAGCACGGAGGAUGUCCUGAGGAAUGCGCUGGAGCAGGGCCAGCAGAUGGAGAAGCUCGUGGAAGCCAUGAGAAGCUGCUCUGAGAAAGCACAGACUAUUGGGAAUUCCGGAUCUGCUAAUGGAAUCCACCAACAGGAAAAAUCUAACAAACAAGAGGAGAAGCACUGAUGAAGGAACGGAGGUGAAGAGGACUCUAUGAUGCCAGGAUUUGCUCCUGAGAAGAGGCAGGGCAAAGAGACGUCGCCCUCCGCCCCCUCCAAGCCCCUCUCCCAGCUGAAAACACCACCCAAGAUUAUUUUCAGUAUUUCCGCUCUGUGAACAGGCCUGUGUUCGUAGCGCGUACUCGUAGGCACAUGGGUUCAUAAUUUCCAAGCUGGGCCUGGUUUCCGAAGAGAGCAUUGCAGCAGCUGUGUGUCCACGGCUGGAUUCCUCUGCCGCCGGUUGCAGCGUCCAGUGACUGUUUUUAUUGGCCUUGGUCACCUUGUGCCAGUAUUAUUUUUUGGGCGUGUGUGUGUUAACACCCUGCUGCAUUGGCUGGCAGAAUCUUCUCGUUCCAGUGCCGUGGUAGGAGAUGCCCGCAACCUCCUUAGCAACUUCCCGAUACACUGAAACGCCCUUGGCGUUCUGCUCCCCUUCCCCCUCCACCCCCAAGACAGAGGCUCCUUCCUUUUUUCUAUCCAAACGCUUGGCAGGUCAGCGAAACGGCGGCGACUCUCCAUCCCAGGAUGUCGGCUGUCGAAGGCGGAAGGGCGAGAUACCUCCGUGGCCUGCAGAAUAGAGACUCUCUCUCUCUCAAGCUCCAGAAUGUGGAGACCCUGCUCUUAAUAAUGUGGGAUAUAGGUGUGCAGGUGGACCUUUCUCGUAACUUAUUUUAACUUUGGUAACUGUGGAGUCAUUUGGUAAUUUGGAAUAUAUGGAAUUGGUGAGGGGUGUGCAGAUCUUUGCUGCUCCCCCCUCCCCCCCGUGUAGAUCUUGCCUGCUUGGAGAUCUCUCUUACAUGAGUUGCGGGUGGGUGGGAUUGCUGUGGUGGUGAACUCUGCAAAGCCCUGAAGGUGGUUCGGUCUCCCUGUUUAUUUCUCUGUCACUUCACCCAGUUUGCUUUUGAAGUUCCAAGGUGGUUUUCCCCAGUAGUCAGAAGGAGGGUUUGCAUUGCUGAUUUCCUCCCUCCCCCCCCCCAAAAAAAAAACCACAGGCCCAGUUUAUACACUUGGUGGAAUCAAGAAAUAAAACGCUCUCUUUUUGUCCUGAGCUGUACUGCUUUUUGGCAGCUUGGUGUGUCUGCCUAAAACAAACAAAAAAUGUAUCUCCUCGCAUGUAGAAAGCUAGCAGUGAGAAGGGUUCGACCUAAUCUUCUCCCUGCCAUAUUCUCCACCACCCAGCUCCUUCUCCAUAGAGCAAAAUGGCAAAAAAAGACAAUAACGGGAAUGUAUAAUCAGCACAAAAACAAAAACAAACUAUGCUGUGAUAAAUCCCUGAAACGAGAUACUGAUAAAGUGAAU